AUGUCAACUUAUAAAUUAUACUAUUUUAACGGUCGUGGACGAGCAGAAAUAAUACGUUUAAUCUUCGCUCAAGCUGGUCAAAAAUACGAAGAUAUUCGUUAUGAGCAUGCCGACUGGCCCUCUCACAAAAAUGAAAUGCCAUUGGGACAAAUGCCCGUCCUAGAAGUCGAUGGACAAAAAAUUCCACACUCAAUGACAAUUGCCCGUUUCGUUGCCAAACAAUUUAAUUUAGCUGGUAAAGAUAAUUUAGAACAAGCCAAAGUUGAUAGUGUUAUUGAUACAAUCGUUGAUUUAAUGGAAAUAUUUGUGAAAAUAGUACGCCAUGAAAAAGAUGAAAGUAAAAAAGAAGAAGGAAAAAAACAAUUUUUCAAAGAUGAUGUACCAAAAUCAUUUGCAAAUUUAGAAAAAUUAUUAACAACCUAUGGGAAAAAUGGUCCAUUCUUUCUAGGUGAUCAAUUGACAUUUGCUGAUAUAGAAUUUUAUGAUGGGGCGUCGAUUUUAUUAUCCAUGGAUGCCAGUGUAUUAGACAAAUACCCAAAAUUAAAACGUAAUUAUGAUGAAGUUGAAAAACAGCCAAAAAUAGCCGCUUAUCUUAAGUCUCGUCCACAAACACAAUUUUAA